GUGAGGUAUAGUGGACUAGUCCGUACCUAUACUCUGCGCAGGGCUCUGAUUGGUGGAACAAGGACUAGCUGGAGCGAGGCUGGCCACUUAGAAGCCGGAAGCCUCGACAGCAACACACCUACCUACCAUCUCCCGUCGGCCGCCAUCAGCAGAGAGCCUCGCCCGUCCUCUGCUACCCGUCCCUCUUACGUUGGACCGGAGCGCAUCCUCGACCGCCGAUACACAUCCAUCAGCGCGCACACACGCACACAGACACACACACCGACUGAGUGAGCCAGCCAGCCUGCCUGCAGAACAUCGUUACGUUCUGCAACAGCAACGGCAACAGCAGCGGCAACAACAGCGACGACGACGACGACGGUAUUGCUGGGAAGCAUGGCUGCACGACCCACCACGCCGGCAUCCCCAAAAAAUGUCAGGAUCAAGCCACCCACUCCUGGCACGCCUCUGUUCGGUUGCGAACACGUCCAGCUCCUCUUCUCCAACAGCCAAGAUGUCAUGAACAGCUCCAUCCAGUACUAUAAGAUGCUCCUGCGCGUCAUCUUCGACAACACCUCCCUUGUGCCCCAGACCUCCAAAGGUCCAGACGGCCAGAUCAUCACCUCCUUAACCUCCAACUACCUAUGCCUGCAGUGCUCCACCAUCGUCCCCGAAGAAGAGCGAAACAAACAUGGAAACAAGAAGAGCCAUCGGUUCUACGUGGACUCGAGGAGUGGCGCGCUGUUUUGCCAGUUCUGCGAGGACUUUGUAUGGGACCCGACUCUAGAGGAGCUCAGAGUAAGGAAGAUAGGAACCGGAUCGUUCUCGAGUCGUAAAAGGAAACACGAGGAAAUGUUCUCCGACACGGUCAAGGACGCGCUGAAGGACACGCUGAAGGACGAUCCUAGGUAUAUCUCGUCUAACACCACUAUCGCCUCGUGCAGAGCCGAUGGCCUUCGGGGCAUUUACAAUGCCGGCGCAACGUGCUACCAGAAUGUCGUCCUCCAGAGUUUCCUCCACAAUCCCCUCCUUAGAAACUUUUACCUGAGCGAUGGGCACCAAAGCAGCGAUUGCCAGGUCCCUCACUGUCUCAGCUGCGCCAUGGACGAUAUGUUCCAGGACUUCUACGCCCUCGAGAGUACCACCGGCUAUACGGCGGCUAAUAUCCUGUCCGGAUUUUGGAUUUCCGAGAAGAAGGCGUUCGAGAACCUGGUGACGACUAAAGAACAAGAUGCGCACGAAUUCUUUCAGUUCUUGGCCGAGGAGCUGCACGAGAGGAACGGCGAUGGCAAAAGGCCGGAGACUGGAAGCGAGCACAGCUGCAAUUGUAUCAUUCACCAGACCUUCUAUGGAAAACUCCAAAGCCAGACGACUUGCCAGCACUGCGGCGGCGUCACAAAUGCCGUCGAGUCGUUCCUUGACCUCAGUUUAGGACUAGAGAACCUAUCCCAGAAGAGGGGCAAGAAGGCCCCGAAGAACGGCCCGACCCUAACGCUGCAAGAGUGCCUCGACGACGAGUACAUCAAGUCGGACAAGUGCGAAUAUCGGUGCAGAAAUUGCAAUUCAUCGCAGCAGGCACGGAGGGAUCACAGCAUCAAGCUUCUGCCAAACGUACUCUCCAUACAGCUGAAGAGAUUUGAAUUCAAGCAAGGGAGCCGUGACCGUGCUGCCUCGAAGAUCAGCACCAAGGUGCAGUUCCCGUUGCAGCUGAAUAUGCUCCCGUACACUACCCGUGGUAGAGUGUCGGACACCAGGGAGAGCCAAGAGCUCGGCCGGUCUUGCACGUACGACUUAUUAAGCGUCGUGGAGCACGUCGGAGAGAUCGAUACGGGGCAUUAUGUCACUUAUUCACGGGUUGGGGAUCAAGUGAGAUGACCCUUUCAAAAGAAGAUUUUGAACAGCACUGAUGUGGAUCUAGUGGUUUUCGUUCAAUGACCAUAGAGUCGAGAUCGCCAGAAAGUCGGACGUUCUCGGCAGCCAGGCUUAUCUACUAUUUUACAUCAUCCGGUCAUUGGCGUAAGCAGAAGGGGUUUGUCUCAUGUAUCGACAUUGGGCGGCGAGAUCCUAAAGCAUUUACAUCAGUUUAAGGGGUUAAGAGGUCGGGGGGCAUAGUUGACUCCUCGUUGCGUGUUUUAAAUGAUUGAAUAAAGGGGCACUCCAUAGAGCGAUUCUAUGGCCUUUUUUGUGCUAUUUCUCGCUUCUUUCUCCUUGGGUUAUGUACGGGCACCGUCGACGAUAAAUUAGCCGCCGCCAAAUUAUA